CGCCUAAAGCGUUGUGAAUUAUUCGCGUGGGAUCAUCGGCGAAAUUUGCUGUGUGCUCCAGUUUGUGCCAACUUGGGGAGUUUUAUAGCCUUCCACGCUAUAUAGUUUAGUGCCUGAUCGAUCGCCGUAGGGGUGUAGUUGAUUAAUUUCCGUGGCACCCUGCCAAAAAUUGAACUUCAAUGCCAUACAUUCUGAUACGGGGUAAUCUAGCUUCCUACAGCCACAAGUACCCGUUUCGAGUGCUGGUCUCGGGAUUGAAAACGGCCGAUCUCGAACAGCUGAACAGAUUCCCCUCCGGUGGAUACAGUGAUGAGUCUACGAUCGUCUACCUGCAGCAUCCGUGUGUGAUAUUGACUGCACUAGAG